AUGUCUGAAGAUUAUGCGGCCAGUAGGAUCGACAAUAAGCAUAUUAAGGGCAAACUAGCAAAGAACAACGGCAGUACGGAUUUGGCAACCAGCACCUCCAGGGCAGUUUGCACCAGUUGGGACUCAGACCUAGAUAUCGUCGAUAUCAUUGGCCCAAAUGCUGAUACCGUUAGACAACUUCUCUAUGUGCUUGAUGCACCGCUAGGUGACCUACCUACAGAAACUGCUCUCGAUGAGGUUAAAAAUGUUUACCUCACUCGGAAGAACCAAUAUUCCAUAGUUCAGUGUGCCAUCCUCUACGGUUUAGAAUCAGAGCUUCAGAAGUAUUUUGAGAACCACGACCCUUUUGAUAUUAUCCAUGAGCUCAAAAUGAUAUUUGAAUUUCAUGUGGAUGGGGAAAGAUAUGAAGUCCUUGAACAGUUCUUUGGCUGUAAGAUGGAAGAGGGUAGCUCUGUUAGCGAGAAUGUGCUCAAAAUGUAUGGGCAUGUGAAGAAGCUCCAAGAUUUGGGAAUAACGAUUCCUAAUGCGUUGGGGAUUCAUCGUGUCCUCCAAUCAGUACCACCUAGUUACAAGAAUUUCGUGAUAAACUACAACAUAUUCAUAUUCUGCAACAUGAGGAUUGUUCUCACAGUUAGACAACUGCUCUAUGUGCUUGAUGCACCGUGA